CUUUAUACUAACGCAAUGACGGAGCAAAAUAAUAAAUAGAUUUAAUCACACACUAAUUCUCCGCCAUAGCAAUUUAAUAAGUUGCGUCAUGAACACGAUACAAAGUAGAGCAUUCGACUACGUGUAAGUGACGAUAGAAAAUGCAGAAUAUAAAACAGUGUGUACGAUUUAUAUCAGAUAGAUUAUUUAAAACAACUAAUUCGAAUUAUUUAUCUAGUAUACAAAGAUCAUAUUAUUAUUUUAAAUCCGAUGACGAUGAUGACACAACAAGUUUCCUUAAAUAUAAUAAUGUUGUUUUUCCUCCACAAAAACCAAAUGAAGAAAGAAGACCAGGUUAUGUUUGUCAUGUAAGAAAAAACAUAAAAUAUAGUCCAUUGAAAAUGUGGUAUAUUGCUUCUUUUGUAAGAGGUAUGUCUGUAGAUGAAGCUGUUAAACAAUUGAGUUUUUUAAAGAAAAAAGGUGCAGCUAUAGCCAAAGAAGUGAUCUUAGAGGCACAAAAUAUAGCUGUGGAAGAACAUGAUAUUGAAUUCAAAAGUAAUUUAUGGGUUGCUGAAUCUUUUGCAACAAAAGGUGCUGUAAUAAAAGGAAUGCGACGUCAUGCUAGAGCAAGAGCUGGAAUAGUACAUUAUAGACAUACUCAUUACUUUGUACGUUUAGAAGAAGGAAAACCACCAAAACAUUAUUACUUACCAGCACCUAAAAGUGGUGAAGAAUUAUUGAAAGAAUGGAUGGAACAAAUGCAUCGCCGCAAAAUAUAUAAUUCCUUAUAAUAUGUAUAUAAAUAUAUGUAAAUAAAUGAUUCGUCUUUUUUCUGAAGUUA